AUGGAUCUACGACUCAAGGUGGAUCACUUGAUUUCGCACCCGCCUAUGAUAGAUCGGGCGAAGCAGGUCUUCGACAACGAGCUCAUCGACCUCACGAAGCUGGCAACUGCGCAUUUGGUUGCGUCCUCGUCUGAGGCGGCUUCAGGGCCGUUAGGCCACGGCAAACAACACAGCCACCGGGGUAUUGGCAAUGGGGUGGUCACCACCAUCGUGCCGACCCCAGUCAAAGGUGCGAAUUCACCUCUUCCAACGUUUUCCCCAAAUUUUAGUGCUCAGCAAUUUUUUGCUCUAAAUCAAGCUAUUCCUCAGCAAGAGUUUCCUAAGUUCGAUGGUAUGAGUCCCAAAUUAUGGAAGAAAUGUUGUGAGUCCUACUUUGAUGUUUAUGCUGUACCUGAGCAUUUGCGGGUGAAGAUAGCUACGCAUACACCUCGUGUUCAGAUAGCAGUGUCCAAUGCCACCCCUGUCAAACCUGUGGAACCAGCUAAGCUAUCAGGUGUUGAGGAGAAGCUUCAGAAUAUCAAGAACUAUAGAAGAGCUAAGGGUUUAUGUUUCAAAUGUGGAGACAAAUGGAACCCCAACCAUAAGUGUUCCACUACGGUGUCCUUGAAUUUAGUUGAAGAGCUGUGGCAACUUAUUGAUAACUCUAAUGACCAAGAUCAGUAUCACUCAUAUUCUUGUGAAGAUUUGAUGCAACUGUCAUUGUCAGCGGUUCAAGGCACUGACAUAGUGCAAACUAUUAGGUCAUAUUUGCAACAUGCACCAUUUAUUAUCAAGACUGAUCAGAAGAGUUUGGAAAAUCUGACAGAUCAAAGACUAUCUACACCAUGGCAGCUGAAGGCAUACACUAAAUUGUUGGGACUCAAUUAUAAAAUAAUGUACAAGAAGGGUACUGACAACUCAGCUGCUGAUGCCUUGUCUAGAUUACCACUUGUUGCUAAUCACUGCUCUGAACUCUAUGCCCUCUCAGUUUCACAACCAGUCUGGGUUCAACAGAUAGUGGACUCUUAUAGCACUCAUCCUCCUACUCUUAAAUUGUUGCAAUCUCUUAGUGUGUCUGCCAAACAAGGUCAUUUUGGGCUGGACAAGGGUAUCAUCAAAUACAAGAAUAGGAUCUGGGUGGCUAGUAGUCCAGUUGUGCAACAGAAAAUAUUGUCUGCCUUGCACAGUUUAGCUAUUAGUGGUCAUUCAGGUUUUUUGACCCCUCAGGCAGCCGCUGCGUUCAACGACUUUGCGGAGCCGAGUGAGCCAAGGGACUUUGCGCCCGGCGGCAGCGUGUGUGUGGGACCCAAGGAUUUGGCGGCGCGGGUCCACUUGUGCUACGUGCAGGGCCUCCAGGUCAUCCUGCAGCGGCAGCUGGAGGCGCUGGUGGAGCAGCACUGGGUAGCUGCACUUGUGUGUGCUGUUGCUGGCCCUGUCUGGGUGCGGUGGGUCGCUGCAUCCAAGGUGUCUGAUGAAACGUGGGUGCGCCAGGUGCUCGCAGACCAUGAGGCCACGGGGAGGGAGAAAUGUUGUGGUGGUGGAGAUAUCAAGAAACCUGACGAGGUGAAGUAUGAAUGGGAUGAUGAUAUCUUGCCACAACAGAAGGACAGGCACAAGGUGGAGUUUGCCUUUUUGCGCUCAUUGAGGAUGAUGCUGCCGCUUUACUCAACAUUGGCUAUUUGUUUCUUGGCCUGUCAUAUUGCUCGUGAAGCCAUCCUGCCAAGCGACAUUUACAGGUGGGCAAGGGAGGGGAAUGUCCCUUAUUUGGCUGCAUUUACUGAAGUUGACACAUUCCUUGGGAGCUCUUUGCAAGAUUGCCCUUUUGACGUAAGGCAGCUGUUCAGGCCAGUGCGAGUUAUUGGAGCAUGGCAACUGGAAGCUGCAGCUGGAUCCAUAGCACAAAGAGUAGGCUUGGGUCUUCCUCCAGUUAACUUCUAUGCAAUUUCUCAACGUUGCUUGAAGGACUUGUCGCUGCCUAUAGAUAGAAUCCUCCCCCAUGCAUGCCGAAUUUAUGAGUGGGCAAUGCCUGCAGAACUAUGGUUGUCCAGUAAUCCUUCUAGAAUCCCUACACGAGUUUGUGUGAUGGCUAUCCUAAUUGUGUCUCUACGAGUUAUGUAUAACAUCAAUGGUCAAGGGAUAUGGGAGAAAAUUUGCAAGGAAGGAAGAAACACAACUGGAUCUUAUCAUGAUGCAAAUUCACCAACUCUCAGAAAGCAUGAGGCCAGUAACAGUGAUGAGUUUGUCACGAGAGAAUUAUUGUGUGCUAUCGCAGCUGCCUAUGAUAAAAUUAAUGUGGCACAUGACUACUCGAGUGAUCUCCACUCUUAUCUCAAAUACUGCAAGAAAGUAAUUUUUACUGGGUUUACAUGUUCAGAUGAAGAGAAGCAUCUAACAGAGAUCUUUUGGGAUAUGUACAAAACUAGAGAGGAUGAGAAUCCAAAAGAUCAUGUAAAUCCAAAAGAUCAUGUAAAAUCCCAAUCUCAUUGUAUUGAAGAAUUAACAAUUAAAAAUGGAGUGAAGAAGCGCUACCGAGAUGGAGCUUUUGUUGAAGCAAGUUGCUUUUCUGCAUCUUCAGGGCAUGAUGCAAUGCAAAUGCUUAAGUCAGAGAUGCAUGAUCAUGGAUUUCAUUAUAUGCCACCUAGGAAACCAAGGCAAUCAGAUGGUUAUCUUCGUUAUAGAAGGAGGCGGCUAAGUGGUUGCUUUGUUUAUGUUGCACGUGCUGAUUAUUUCAUGUUGCUACGUGCUUUUGCAAAGCUUGCAGAAGUUGAUGUUCGUAUCAUGCAUACCAGUGUGUUAAAACUUGAGAGGAGACUCGCAUGUAUUGAGGAGCGAAUUGAAAGAAGCUUGAACACCUUGCAUAACCUCUCUACUGGAACAAAAGAUGAGCGAAGUCCUGUAUCAUACUGA